AUGAAGCUCACUCUUUACUUCAUCGCCCUCGGCUUCGCAGGCGUUGCCCAGUCUACCUCUAUCACUGGCUCCAGCUCCCUGUUCCCAGGCACUGCCAACACUGCAAGUGCAGCCUGGCUAACCCAUUUCGAUCAAUUUCGCGAGCAACAUGAGCCCUUGAAUCCUGCUCAAUCCGCCGUCAUCGAUAAGGCCACCGAGCUUGCGAAGCAAGGACAAAACUUAGACCCCAAUGCCAUGGACACUUUGAAGGACGAUGCUAUCUCCGCCUUCGGAUUCAAAGACGCGAAGUCUCUUCUUACCACCCUGGACAAUAAGCCAUUGCAGGCUCGGGAUAAUAAUGAGCAGUGUGGGUGCGCCACUCAGUCUGACUGGUGUGAUUCUGGUUACCAUUGUGUGUUCGGAGGCUGUACCCAGACCGGCUCGGGCUGUGGAACUCUCGAUGGAUAUCCAUGUGACGGGCUGUGUCGUCUUGCCUAG